GAGUUCAGCUGCAAUUGAGCCCCGACAAAGCUACAACAGUAGUUCUCGAUAUAUCACACACUAUCAACAUGCUAUCGAGUACCUUCGUGCGAUCAACGCGCUCCCUACGGCCCGCAAUUAGAAUCCCAACACUCCACCUCAGAGCCUCGCGAACCAUAUCAACAUUACCAGAGAACCCACAAAUCUUCAUCCACAAAGACCCCUUCGACUCCACAAAAUCCCUCCUCUCCCUCCUCCCCACCACACCGCCCACACCCCAACUCGCCAUAGGAACCUCGUCCUCACUCCCUGUAACCCCACAAACCUUCACCUCGAAUCCUCUAUUCCUCCCUCUCCUCUCUUCCGUCUUCGCCACCCACGCCUCCUCCGACCCUCUGGUACAGGCGCAGGCCGCUGCCUUCGCCUCCCCGGGGGGAUUCAACCUGAGCCGCCCCAACGACGGCGCUGGCGGUGCGAGCCAUCAAGGUGGUGCCGGCGGAGGGAAUAUAGGCGGCUGGAUACAUGUUUCUGAUUUGAGGAACCCGCCGGAUUAUGGCAGGAUUGCGUGGCCGGAGGAUAUCAUUGGGAGUUUGGAGGUUGAUGGCAACGGCAGGAUUGUCGAGGGGAGUUGGCAGGAUAGUGGGAGUUAUCGGGUGGUUACUAGGGAGGGGGUGCUGGGGUUGAGUGAGUUUAUGAGGGGGAGGGUGGUGAUGAAGCUGCAGGAGCUGGAACAGCAGAUUAAGAACAAUCCGUAG